GGAGGUUGUACUGCACUGCUGAAGGUGACCAGUACAAGGUGCCAGACUACUUACUGACCAUCGGUCAAAUAGUCGCAGCCAUCUUCCCAGAGGACAACAACUGGCAUCGUUGUGUGGUCACAGCUCUCAACGUGGACAAUUACGUAGAGGUGUACUUUGUGGACUUCGGGAACACAUCAGUCGUCCACAGACGGAACAUUCGACUACUUCGGUCAAAAUUGCUGAAGCUGCCAGCUCAAGCCGUACAGGCCCGCCUCUCACACCUACAACCUCGGGAGGGAAGCUGGACAUUGAAUGCCAGAAACCGGUUCCUCAAUCUAGUCACCAACAGACCCCUCAUAGCCCUUGUAGACUUUGAAAAGGAUCGUGUACUGUCCCUAGUGUUGGUGGACACUUCGACCAAGGUUGACAUCUGCCUUACUGAUCUUUUGGUGACAGAAGGGUACGCUCGAGUGGAGGAGGACAAUCUGGCCACCAACUUUACAGGUCCUGUCGGGCACAAGGAGGUACCAGACUAUUCCUGUGUCUAUGGAGAGGGGUUUGAACCCAAAGUGGAGGUGGAGCCACCUGUCCAGCCACCGGUACACCACAAGGAGGAGAUAACUGAGGAACUGAGCCGGCGUUAUGUACAACCAAUACAACUUACUGGAGAAUACAUUGUUAACUUGAUCAACCUUAAUGAUACUGCCUACCUCAUGUCUACUGAAGUGUCGUCCUUCUUCUGGGAGGCUGAUAUCCUCACAGGCAUGCUGGAGCAGCACAACUGUUCUGGUAGCAGACUGACCCUGAGACAGGAGGAGUACCCAGAAGUGUUUGAAGACCUCUGUCAAUGUGGUGUAUUUGAAGACAGUAAGAAGAAAAAGUUCAUCACAUUGUAUGAACUCAAUCGCGUGCCCUUCAUUCUGGACCUGUUUGAUCACCAAUGUGAGGAGCUACGGACCAAUGUGAGGGAGCUAAUCCAGAUGUUUGACCCUAGUGACCCCUACUGGAAGGGUGAGGACUACCCAGACUCUGAGACCACAAGUCAGGCUAGUGAGGAUCUGUCAGAUAUCCAAGUCAGUCUUGAAGACAUCCAACUUAGCCUUCAGCUCCUACAGUUUAAACGGAAAAGGAUUCUUCAAAACCUGAUGACUCAUCCAGAAAACAUGGAGGACAAUGUGAACAAACUCAAGGAGGUUGAGGACCAGAUCAGUGUACUGAAGGAUAUGCAGGACCAGCAAAGGCAGCGUAAAGCACUGGACCCAGACAGCCCUCAGAAGGCAGUGAAAAAAAGUCCUCCAUGUGUUACUGCCAAUUCUGAUGACAAAGUUAGGGCCACUAUGUCUGAGGGCAUGUUUGACCGCAACCGUGUGUCUCCACUUAAGGGCAUGUCACAGCUGGGCAUUUCCACUCCGCCAACUAAUGUGUCGCCCAUUAAGAUGAAUGUUGUUGCCCCAAUGCAGAAUAUGCUGAGUCAGAGCAAGCCUGCCACGUCAAGCCAACCACAACCAUCAACCCCCAGCCAACCACAACCCACCAAUCAUCAGGAGCUACUGAACACCCUGGCCCAACAGCAGUUGUUACUCCAGACCAUGAUGAUGCCUCAGGCCCCUCUGGGUGCCCAGAUACCCAGUCUGACCAAUCAGUUUGUGAGAGGCACAGUCCCUUUUCAACAGCCUCAAAAUACCAUGAACCAGCAGUAUGCCACCAGUCAGAGAAACUCCAAUGUCAACCUGCAGUAUCUGGCUUCACAACAGGCAGGUAUGACACCACAAUUAAUGAAUCAACAGUUCACUACGACAAGUCAGGCAGGUAUGACACACCAGCUGAUGAACCAGCAGUUCCCUGUGACAAGUCAGGCAGGUAUGACACCCCAGCUGAUGAACCUGAUGCAGGCUAACCUAGCAGGAAAUCCAUACAUGGUGGGGUUGCCACCCUACAUGGGAGGACUGGGACAGCAGUCCCAACCUCAGCCACAGGCCAAUAUGCCACUGCUUUCUGGACUGCUGCCACUGUUGCAGACACUAAACAUCAAUCAGGGUCAGGGGUCAUCAAAGGACAAGCCCUCACAGCCAUGACCCUGACCUGGUUAACUGAUAUCAACCGAAGUAACAUACCAGCUUCCCUUUAUUUUAUGUUCCAGGAAAUGUUCUAAAAAGAUAAUGUCAUAAAACUUUUUUAGUUUUGAUUGGCUUUAACAUGGAUCAGGUUUGAUGAUAUGCAGGCAUACUAUUUGGUGAUGAAGACAUAUCCAAUUAUUUUCUAUACUGUGUGAACACGAGGGAUUUUGUUGCCGAUCCAUUGUUUAAUCUUUUUUUAACUAUUAACAAUUUUAGCUAUGCUGAUUGUCGUAUUGUUUUAAGGCACUAUACUGAGGCCGAUUGUCGUAUUACACUUGUUAUCCUGUUUUAAGGCACUACACUGAGACCCCAGUUGUUUAAGUACAAUGUUUUACCUGAUUUAUAUAGGAAUAUUAAUGUGUUUAAAGGUUGUAUGAUGAUACCCUGUAAUUGUCUUGAGGUAAAUGUCCAGGAUUAGUGCUGAGGUGAUAGUCUGGUAUGUUUGUCUGUUAUUAGUGCUAAGUUCAAAAUCGGGUGUGUGAUUGUGAUAAUUCCAUAUCUGAGCAUUUUUGGAGGUACCGAUUGCUUUUCCUUUUAGAUGAGUGCUGUUUUACUCCCCCAGAAAAUCACUAUUUACGUUUUAUCAAAAGAAUCUUUUACAGAUAUGUGUUACAGUUAAGAUAUUUCAACCUCCCUACAAUAAUUUGCUGUGAUGAAGCAAUGAAAGUUAACAUCUUGUAACUUGGCAUUUGAUGAAUUGCUGUAAAUACUUAGGGCUUAAAUAUGUCGUCAGAUUCUAUAACAACACAAGAUUAUCAGUGAAAGGUAGCUAGGAGUGUGUAAGUACAUGUGUGUCAAUCCAACAUGUUAGACAAGAAAGGGUAGAAUUUUAUUGUCCUUGGUGGUCUCAGUAUUUUUGAUUUUGUAUAUUUUUAAUUUGUAAAUAUAUCAGGAUAUGACAAAAGGAUUGUUAACUUUGAAUAAAUUUUGUUUUAUGCAAUAAAGUGUCUUGAAUUUUAUACGCCUGACAAAGGUUUUGAUGGGAGGUAUUAUGUUAUUUGGAGUGUCAAUCAGUUUGUCUCUAUAUCUGCAUGAAUAUCAUUUUGUAUUAUGAUACAAAGACAUUAAUGAACUCACGGGAAAAC